AUGUGGAAGAAAUUCAGAGAAUUUGGUUCUGACCCCAAGGAGGGGUCGAAGGACAAGGCGGAGACGAAAAACGACCAAGACCUAACAACUAUUCUCAGUCGGCCGCAGCGCGCAGAUCUCACGGUCCUUAUCGCUGAAAUUACACAGCGCAUGAGGGACUCGGCUGACGAGACAUUCAAAGCUCCAACUGCACAGCGGUCUGCAGCCAAAGAUUUGAUUGACCUGAAUGAGGAUGCUGCUCCAGAUGCGGAUACGCAGAAGCUAGAAGAGUUGAAAGAUAAGGGUAGACAGGCGCGCACUGAAUAUGUGCCCACCGCCGAAGAUGCAAAAGCCGAGGCCCACCUUCUGACCACGUUUGAUGAUUGGAGAGACUCCGUUCUUCUCCGAGUUGGUGAAGUCGUCAAUCGGGACUCGCCUGACCAGAAUGAGAAUGAAAAACCAGACUUUGAUUUGGAGGAUGAGAGACCCAGAAGCUCAUAUGACGAUGAGGAGGAUAGCACCUGGAGUCGACUUUCUGAGGUUUAUCCUCCAGUCGAGACGCCGUUGAUCCGCCUGCCCAAGCCCAAGAGACUAUUGAUCCUUCAUUCUCUACUGCUUCUGAUGCUUAGCCUGGAGCAUUACAACGCGAACUCUCGUGUUCUGAUGCUCUUGGCCGCGUCCAGUCUAGGGUUAGGUAUCAAGACACUCAACCAAGACGAAGUGAAAGUGUCGCGAGGACUACUGGAUGCCGCUCUUCAACUUCCUGCGAAUUCCGAUGCUCAAGCUCAAAAAAGAGAAAGCGACCCUAGCCGAAAGUGGAAAGUUGGUAUUGCAUCUGUUGCUGGAGCUGUCCUGAUUGGCGUUACGGGCGGUCUCGCUGCCCCGUUCAUUGCUGCAGGCUUAGGAACGGUUAUGGGAGGCCUUGGCUUAGGGGCCACGGCCGCUGCAGGCUAUCUAGGCGCUGUUGCAGGUAGUGGAGUCAUUGUUGGCGGGCUCUUUGGAGCCUAUGGAGGGCGUAUGACGGGACGAAUGAUGGAUAAAUAUGCCCGUGAGGUGGAUGAUUUCGCCUUCCUGCCAAUCCAUGAUUCUGGCCGUGGUCGAAAGCGGUUUGACGAUGAAAAAGAAGCUGCUCGAGAAGAUCAUCGUCUUCGAGUCACGGUCGGAAUUACAGGAUGGCUCACUGAAGAGGACAAUUUUGUGGUCCCGUGGCGCGUCAUCGGCAAAGACUCUGAGGUAUUCGGUCUUCGCUGGGAAACAAGACCACUUAUGGAUCUUGGUCAUGCGAUAGACCGCUUGGUCACUACUGCCGCCUGGUCCGCCGGUCGCCACGUCUUGACCAAAACGAUCUUUGCGGGCCUGAUCAGCGCGCUGACCCUGCCUGUCGGACUUUUGAAAGUCGCCGGCAUUGCAGACAACCCAUUCAGUGUGGCCAAAUCUCGCGCAGACAAGGCAGGCGAAGUCCUUGCCGAUGCUCUGAUUAGCAAAGUACAAGGCGAGAGACCUGUUACACUCAUCGGCUACUCGCUGGGAUCUCGAGUCAUUUUUUCAUGCCUACAGACCCUGGCCAAGAGACACGCAUAUGGGCUGAUUGAAUCAGCUAUCUUCCUGGGUGCCCCAACGCCAUCUGAUGCACCUGACUGGCGUCGUAUGCGGCGCGUCGUCAGCGGUCGACUAGUCAAUGUUCACUCGGAAAAUGACUCUGUGCUCGCUUUCCUGUAUCGGACAAGUAGCCUCCAACUCGGUGUUGCCGGAUUACAGGCCAUUGAGAACGUUCCCGGUGUUGAGAACCUUGACGUAAGCGAUUAUAUCAACGGCCAUCUCCGCUACCAGUACCUACUUGGGCGGAUACUACGAACGGUGGGACUGGAGUGUAUCAGCGCUCGUGAAGUCGCGCGAGAAGAGGCAGCUUUGGAGGCAAGAGACCGCAAAGAGGAACAAGAACGGAUCCAAAAUGAGCGCCGUGCAGGGAUUGAAGGAGACAGUGAAGUGGCCCGCAGAAAGCUGGAAAGCGGCGAUAUUGCCCCCGAUGAAGAGCUUAGCCCCCGGCCACGGUCGGAAGCUCACCAGAGCAUACCGCGUCGUCCUGUUCCAGUCAGGUCUACUGAGGAUAAAGGAAAAUACGAGGUUUAG